UCUCUGUUGCAGCUAUGGUCAACAUGCUGCUGAGGUUUCUUUUAGUUCUGGCAAUAAUUAGUGGAACUUCGUUUGCAGUGAAAGAACAGCAGAAGAGCCUCUUGAAAGACUUAGAAGGCAAGCACUGUCGUGCCUGGCAGAAAAACAGUGAAUGCAACGUGCAGGUUCUGCAAUACACGACACACUUUGUUGAUGCCUUGUGCUGUCUGGUUGAUAAUGCGAGUGGCAAGAAACACUUCUGGUCUCAACUGGCUCACAUUCUUCAUCAACUAGAUGAUAAAUUAGAAGAUGGUGAAUCAGAAUUAACACGAAAAGCAUUUGCCGAAGCUAAGACACAAGAUGGUGUUGUGCCAUCGGUAAUCAGAGAAUGGAAUUUUCUUGGCCCAUUUCCGAUCGGUAAGAUGGAAGUUGACGGUGAUCCGGUUUCAGGGUUGGGUGGAGCAUACCGCGCAUACAAAGAAUCACUAGGAAAGCAUCAUGUAUACAGAUCCGAACUGACGUCUAAUGCCAGUCUGACGUGGAUCAAAUUGAAAGCUGAAAAGUCCGGUGAAGUGCAUGUAUCGCCGAUUAUCGACUGGAGAGAUCUCGUAUCGUCUCUCGGUUCUACAGGCAUUAUGGAAUGGCAGGGUUGGUCUGUGGGCGAAUUUUAUGUGAACCAGAAAGCAGUGGUGUUGGUUCGGUGUUUAGGUGUUCACACUAUCUACAUUGACGACUACAUUCUUGCUGCUGAUAUCUAUAGACGAGAUUGGUUUUGGUUUUCUAUUCAUCUGUCAGUUGGUCUACAUGUAUUGUCAAUCAGACUGCGAACGAAAGUUCAACUGACCUAUCAAUGUCACUUGAAACAAUCGGGGAAUUUGCGAUUUGAACUUCACCAGCCACACUAUGUACCUGAUAUUGUCGAGGGGCAACUCGUCUCUUCGUACGUGGCACUGCCAGUUGUCAAUCAUGCAUUAGAGAAAGGUCUGAAAGAUAUUCGAGUUACCGUCAUUGAGCAGACGGGUGCUCCAUCGAUAUCUGUUUCUUUGGCAACUAAUCGUUUGAUGAUUCCCGUUGCUAGAGGUCAGGUUAGUUUUCUUCCCUUGCUACUGGAGUCUCAGUCGACGUCAGGAAAGAAGGGCAAAUGCCAGGAUGUAAAAUUGAGUCUCAAACUAUCAGCUAGCUCUGCUCACUCGCAACAAAUAGAUAUCAAGCUUCGAUGUCGAAGCAAGAAAGAAUCGUUUCUGUUUACGUUUGAGGAUCACGAUGGAUCAAUUCAACAUGCAGCUGCCAUCGCCCCAAAGAAAAAGUGCCCAUCAAGUGGCUGUCCUGUAGUACUAACUCUUCAUGGAACUGGUGUUCCACCUCAGAACCAAGCUGAUAGCUACAAACGAAUGAAAGAGAAAAACUGGGUUUUUGGUCUUGACACAGCUUGGGUGCUGGCGCCAACACGUCACGGUGCUCAUAACUGGGAAGGUCCGGGAAUGCUAACAUCAAUCACAGCAUUAAAGCAACUCUCUGAAAUAUCUCGCAAGAUGUCUUGGACUCCUGACGUUGCUUGGACGAAAGUUGUAUUUGCAGGCCAUUCGAUGGGUGGCCAUGGAGCAUGGCACCUAGCAACUCAUCAUCCCGACUCCGCUUUGGCUGUAAUAUCAGCAGCAGGAUGGAUUGCCAAGGAAGAAUACGGCGACUCAAAUUUAUUUUUCUGUCAUGAUGUCAGUGUCAGCUUUACUGAUCCUGCCUUGAAAGCAAUAUUAGAGGCGUGUGUGGCAGAGAAUAUGGCUGAUCAUCAUGUGUCCAAUCUUCGGGGUGUUCCUGUCUUGGCAAGGGUCGGUGCUGUUGACAGAACGGUUCAUCCUUAUUAUGGAAGACGGAUGUAUCGUUUGCUGGAGCAGGCCGGAGUCAAUGUGUCAUAUGCAGAGUUGCCUGGGAAAGAACACUGGUGGUGGGACACUUGGAGUGAGAACGACGGUGGCGUCAACAGUGAUCCUGUAGUCAGAAAGUUUGUCGAAUACUUUACUGUACCACAUAAAGAUGGCUGGCAGAAUAGGCAAUGUUAUAAAAACAAAGACUGUGUGACGGAUAGUCGGGAGUCAAAGUAUAGUGGCAGUGCUGGUGCAUUGUUUGCUUCAGAGACUAGCCGGUUGGCGGGUCAGUAUACUCUGUCUGUCUUCAAUCCUGCGUCGCAUAAAGGAUUACGAGGAGUUCAAGUGAUUUUGCAGCUUAUUCCAAUGCGGAAGUCCAAGGUGCAGAUUGAUAUUCGGGAAGAAUCGGCUGUAUUGCACACAUCAAAUGUUAAGAUGCUGCAGCUACAACCACCCGAUGUGGCUCCUAUAUAUUGGCAAAGUAUGCAAGACGUAACGAUUGAUGGUAUGCAUUUACCCAACUUGACCUCUGAUUCAGAGGACUCGCUCAGUCUCUAUCGGAAUGAUGAUGGUUCAUGGGAAAAGGUCUCAAGCUCUCUUGCCAUUCUCGCAUUGAGCCGAUAUGGUCCAGCACGACGCGUUGCCGAAUCUCCCUUUCUCAUCGUCGUCGGAAAGGACACAACUGUUAUGCACAUGGCUCUCUACAUCGCCAACCUAUUCCAUUUGACUUCAGACACUCUUGCACCAAUCGUAACAGACAGUGACAUAGAGCCACUACAAGAUCAAUACAAUCUAAUUAUUCUCGGACAACCCGAAGAAAAUACUCUCAUUCAAAGUUCCCUUCUUACAACACCCAUUUCUUACGAGAACAAAGGUUUUAGACUCGGACGUUGCCAUUUCUCUUCCAACCAUACGGGUGUGGCUGCUAUUGGAUUCCACUCACAACAUCACCAAACUCUGAUUUUGACCGGCAAUUCAGCAGAGGCGCUCAAAGACAUCGUCCAUCUUGCCACACCAACGAUCCCACCCAUGACCAGAUCACCAUUUUCAAACCUCAUUCCCGACUUCGUUAUUACCGGUCACGACUUCAAAGCCUUUGGUACUGGUGGCUAUCUGUGUGCAGGCUUUUGGGACCAGCAGAUACGAGAUGCUCAACUUCAUACAGUGAUUAACAAACAGAGCAUUUCGUGCGCUUGUUAGAUCAUUUCAAGUAGUCAGUUACAAAACAACAUCACAUCAAUUGAAGUAAAUUAAAACAAUCAGCGGCCAUCAAGUAGCUUCUAAGAAAUAAUAGGCAACAGGGCAGUGUCUGUUCAUACAGACGU